AUGUCGAGACAACCCACACGAUCUAUAGCGAGCGCCGGUAGCGAGUCCGUUGGGAGUUUACGACAAUCCUCUCCCGCCCGGGCAGAGCGCUCCAGCUCGAACCCUGCACUUCAUAUGGGAGACAAUGAUACAGCGCUGCCGUCAAUGGAAUUUCACUCUCAUCACCCCCAGCCGUCUAUUGCCCAUCGUCGCACAGGGAGCACCUUGAAAACAGUGAUGCGCAAGAUCUUCAACCGGAAAAGACAAAGUCAGGCCGAUGAACUGGAAGAGAACCCAUACGAAUCUACUUUUGCGACGCCACCGAUGCGGAAAUCAGUACCAACGAAAGGGAGAUCACUGUUGGCCGUUCCGCCUCCUCUGAAUUUGAAUUCACAUCGGAGUAGUCCACUCUCGGCGGAGAACCUCCAGCUCGCAGAUACACAUCUAUCUCCCUUAUCUCCUCUAUCGUCUGCAACCCUGCGUGAUUCAAUGCCCGGUAGCAUGCCACGCCGAAGACGGGCAACUCUUCCCAGCGUGGUUUUUUCAGAUGAUGAAUCUCGGUUCGCGGUCGCAUCGGCAAUAUCUGAUCCCCAAGAGGAUAGGAGCCAUAUACCAGAGCGAAGACACAGCUUGCUCUCCCACCGCCUAUCGAGAAGCACAGAUGCCUUGCGCGAAAUGACAGAUAAUCUACCAGAGACACUGGUCUCUUGGCCACAACGCACAUCAUCCGCCCCUCCUAGGCCAGCCUCGGUUCCCGGUUCGCAGUCCCCGCCAUUAGAUGAGAGCUCUAAUAGUGGGCAGUCGGGGAGGCCCUCGUCGGGAACAACAGUAACCAGUGUGACCCGAAUGUCCGCCGCACCAUCUUUGAUGGAGGUCGACGAGCAGGCAGAACAACCCAGCCUCCCGUCGAACGUCGCAAGUCUAGUCAACACAAUGCAGCAAGAUGACAGCGUCACUCUGGAACAGCGGUUGACCACGCUAGAAGUGAAACUAAUCGACCUGGAAUUUGCCAUUGCCCGACUGCAAACCAACAGCCCCGAAGACCCCACCGAAAAACUCUCGCGCCCACGACACCCCCCUUCAUCAGACUCCUUCCCCCCGCACAUGCGCAACAAACCCACCGCAUUCCUAUCCGCAAUCGACCGCGAUGAAUCCCCAAGCCCCCUGCCAACUAUAUCGACCCGGCCCUCUAGCACGAGCACAAUCCGCGCCGACCCAAUGACCCCGCGCACCCUCCGCCCCGCCCCAUCAGCCACCUCCCUGUCCGACUAUCAGGGCGUCUCAAUCGAGCAAUACAGCACGCUGGUUACGCUCCUGCGUCGCGAACAAACAGCUCGCAGAAACCUGGAGACACAAGUCGGUGGUCUGCGCGAAGACAUUCGCGAUCUGCAGCGCGCAGCACUCGAUUCCAUGCAGUCGGGUAUGGGCAUGAUGCAGCCCGGCCAUCCCACGGAGUCGCGGCAGUUCCUGCGCUUCCGUCGGGCGCUAGGUGACUCUGAUACUUCCCCGCCGCUGAGGUCGGAUGAUAAGCCCACCGGUAUUACGGACAGCGACUCCGAUUGGGAUCGGUCGGAUAUCUACCCCCAUGAUGAUCCCUGGGGUCCUCCGAAGUGGGAGCGUCAGCGGGUUGUGACCGCUCCCAUGAUUUGA